AUGCACUUCCAGUGGGACUGGUUGUGCUUGGGUGUCCUGAUAAUUAGCUCAGUAACUGCAGAAAUUGAAAGUGAAGAAACUCUGGAUGCAGAUGUUGAAGUAGAGGAUUUUGACAAGCAGUCUCAAGAAACUGAUGUUGAAAGAGAGAAAUCUUCCUUAGAGGUUGUGUACCAGACUCCAAAGCCAACUGGGGAAGUGUAUUUUACAGAAACCUUUGAUGGAGUGUUGGCCAGGUGGGUGCUGUCUAAGACCAAGAAAGAUGAUGUAGAUGAUAAUACUGCUAAAUAUGACGGAAGAUGGGAAGUAGAAGAGCUGAAGGAAAACACAGUGCCUGGAGACAGAGGAUUAGUGUUAAAAUCAGUGGCAAAGCAUCAUGCAAUAUCAGCUAUGCUAACAAAGGCAUUUAUUUUUGAUAAUAAACCUUUGAUUGUUCAAUAUGAAGUGAAUUUUCAAGACGGCAUUGACUGUGGUGGUGCAUAUAUUAAACUUCUCUCCAGUAGUGAUGACCUGAAUCUGGAACACUUUUUUGACAAAACACCUUAUACUAUUAUGUUUGGACCAGAUAAAUGUGGAGAAGAUUACAAACUACACUUUAUCUUCAGACAUAAGAAUCCUAAAACUGGAGAAUAUGAUGAAAAACAUGCAAAGCGUCCUGAUGUAGACCUAAAAAAAUUCUAUUUGGACAAGAAGACGCACUUAUAUACUCUUGUGCUAAAACCAGAUGAUACAUUUGAAAUUUUAAUCGACCAGUCGGUUGUCAGUAAAGGAAGUCUUCUUGAGGAUAUGGUUCCUCCAGUAAACCCUCCCAAAGAAAUAGAUGAUCCUAGUGAUAAGAAGCCUGAGGAUUGGGAUGAGAGACCAAAAAUACCUGAUCCAUAUGCUGUCAAACCAGAUGACUGGGAUGAAGAUGAGCCUUCCAAAAUAGAAGAUCCUGAUGCUGUUAAGCCUGAGGGUUGGCUUGAUGAUGAACCACAGUAUGUUCCAGACCCUAAUGCAGAAAAACCGAAGGACUGGGAUGAAGAAAUGGAUGGGGAGUGGGAAGCCCCUCAGAUCCCUAAUCCCAAGUGUGAGACUGCACCUGGUUGUGGACACUGGGUGCGUCCCAUGAAGAAUAACCCAAACUAUAAAGGAAAAUGGAAAGCACCUAUGAUAGAUAAUCCUAACUAUCAGGGAAUCUGGAGUCCUCGAAAAAUACCUAACCCAGACUAUUUUGAAGAUCCUCACCCAUUUGAGAUGACCACUGUCAGUGCUAUUGGUUUAGAACUCUGGUCGAUGACAUCUGAUAUCUACUUCGAUAACUUCAUUAUAUGUUCAGAAAAAGAAGUAGCAGAUCGUUGGGCAGCAGAUGGCUGGGGCUUGAAGAAGUUAGUAGCAAGUGCUAAUGAGCCUGGUAUGUUUAGUCAACUGGUGACUGCUGCAGAAGACCACCCAUGGCUCUGGGUUCUUUACAUCUUGACUUUAGCUCUCCCUGUUGGUCUAGGUGUGUUGUUCUGCUGGCCAGUAAAGAAAACAGAUGAAGAUAUUGACUUCCAAAAAAUGGAUAUAUCUAAGCAAAUUACAAAGGGAAAACUAAAACGAGAGGAGUUAGAAGAUGAUGAAAUAGAAUUAGAAGAAGAAAAAGACAAUGAAGAUACUGCUGAAGAUGAGAGAAGAGAAAUGGAGGAGAUAAAAAGAGAGCUUAUAAAGAAGAUGUGCAGGGAGGAUUCCUCAGAAGUUGUGGGUGGAGGUGGUGAAGAUAUUGAUGAUGAUGAAGAAGAAAAUGAAGUUGCAGAUGGAAGUCAAGAAGAAGGUGAUAAGUCAAAUAGAUCUGGUUCAGAAGAUGAGAUGAAGGAAGCUGAUGAAAGCACAGGUUCUGGAGAUGAUCCAUUAAAAUCAGUGCGUAAAAGAAGAGUACGAAAGGACUGA